UGAUUGCAAACACGGAAAUACUGCAAGAGACGAAAAGCAGCGUUUGGGACGUCAGCGCACUAUAGUUAUUUGCUAUAUUUAAUUUCAUUGCAGCUCCGACACCUUCUAAUCAAAAGCAGAGUACCAGAACUGGCAGUGCUUCUGUUUUUACCCCCCUUCUAUGGAGUUGCUGCAGCUGCUAUCAUGGGCCUGCAUCGUGUUUACAGUCGGGAUGUUCUCGACUGGACUGACCGACCUAAAGAAGAUGCGAGACUCCAAGAGUGCCGACAACAUCCAGUUUCUCCCUUUCCUCACCACGUGUCUUAAUAACCUGGGUUGGCUGUAUUAUGGGAUGCUGAAGAGAGAUCAAACGAUUGUAUUGGUCAACGUUAUUGGGGCUCUUCUGCAGAUCCUCUAUGUUGCCACGUAUCUCCACUACACAAAACAAAAGAGGUUGGUGAUGUCCCAGACACUUGCAGCAGGAAUGGUUCUGACCUGUGGCUGGUUCUACUUCACCACGUUUCUUCCUCAGGGAGACACUCAGCUCAGCCAGCUAGGCCUCACCUGCAGCGUAAUCACCGUCAGCAUGUACCUGUCGCCCCUAACUGACUUGGUGGAGAUAGUGCGUAGCGGUAAUGUGCAGUGCUUGUCCUUCCCUCUCACUGUAGCUACUUUCUUCACUUCAACCUCCUGGGUCCUCUACGGCCUCCAGUUGAACGACUACUACAUUGUGGUUCCAAACACACCUGGGAUCUUCACCAGCCUCAUCAGAUUUUACCUGUUUUGGAAAUUUGCGUCUAAUCAAUCACCUUCCUAUAAGCCGAUGCAGAUAUGAGGAUAUUAGGGAAAGAGAUGUGAAAAAGGGGAAAGUCAAGACGUAUGUGUUGACUUUAUGGAGGGCUGCAGCAAAGCCUUCCCAUUGAUUGUCUUGUGUUUUUUUUAAUCAUACAGGGUGGAGCAAAACAAACUGUCAGUGGGGCAACACCACUCCUAAAGUGGAGAUAAUGUAUUGUGUUUGUUCACUUUAUCAUUCCAGGAAGGGAUAUCAAGGAGCACAAUUAGUCGGGAGAAAUGAUGAAUUCACUUGAGUUGAAUAAUGACAGAUGUUUCUUUUCUGCAGCUAUUUAUCAAACCUGUAACCUGUGUCUCCUCCUCUUGUCCUUCAAGUGCCUUCUGUUAGGUCAUACUUGCCAUUAAAGAUGAAUGGCAUUUACUGAUCUACCAGCAUUUGGGAAGAGUUUCUGAUCUGUGUGUAAUCCAGUGAUUUGGAUUGGAACUUACUUAUGUCGUACUAUCCAAAGAUUUUGUGGAGUUGUAACUUUUGCAGCUGCUACUUUAGUAGGUCAUACAGUUGCUCUGUUCACUGUUACUGACAUGUAGUAUGAAAUACUUUCAUAUCUCUUCAGAGUUGCCUCCGCAUCACCAUUUAAGUUAUAUUUGUUUAGAAUUGUUUUCUAUACUUUUUCUAUAUUUUUUUUUAUACAGAAUGUGUAUGAUGGCCUAUGUCCAAGAUUAAGUAUAGUUAAUGCUAUUUUUAUAAACUCUUGUAUAUGAGAUUAAAUAAAAUGCAAAUAAAAUGAACACCAUUGGAUUUGUUUACAAUAAUGAAUAGUGCUUGUUUUUCUGGUGGGUAAUGGAGUCUCCUCAUUAUUAUCUGUAAUAAGGACAUAUGUUAUGCAAAUACAAGAGCUCCCUGUCAGUGCUGAUCACUAAUUUCUGAGUGAAUGGAAGAUCUUAAAAAGUACCAUGUUAAUAAAUUUUACCUUCA